CUGAACUCCUCCUCUGAGCUGUUACAGGAACAGAUGUUGGCAGAUGUGUCAGUGACAGAGUUACAGUCAGAGAGCUCAAAGAGCAUCAACAUGUUUUCAUGUUUCCAUCAUGAUGAGGAGCAGAAACUCUGAGGAUUCUCCUGAACUCCUGACUACAAUUUAAACAACAAACUCAGAGUUGGAUCAGAAGAACUACAAGACUUGAAAAUGCCGGCUGGACCACAAUGGCUCUGCUCCACUUUGCUGUUUGUCGUGUUCUUGUCUGCAGUCCAAGAAAACAUCACAGCUGAGUCUGGACAGGACGUCACUCUGACAUGUCGAGCUCCAAACAACAACAUCAGAGUUGUAAAGUGGAGCCGACAUGACUUGGAGUCAGAAUAUGUGGUUUUGUAUGAGAAUGGCAGGCGGGUUUCAUCCAACCAGCAUCCAUCUUUUAAGAACCGGGUGGAUCUGAAGGACAAACAGAUGAAGGAUGGAGACGUGUCUUUGAUUCUGAAGGACGUGACGACUACUGACACUGGAACAUACGAGUGUCAUGUGUUCAUGAUAAAAGCAUACUUUAUGGAACCCAUCAGCAAGAUCGACCUGAAUGUUGUUCCUCCAGACAAAAACAUCACAGCUGAGUAUGGACAGGACGUCACUCUGACAUGUCGAGCUCCAAACAACAACAAAGGUGUAAAGUGGAGCAGAGCUGACCUGGAGCCAGAAUAUCUCCUUGUGUAUCAGGAUGGUCAUUUUGUUUCAUCCAACCAGCAUCCAUCUUUUAAGGACCGGGUGGAUCUGCAGGACAGACAGAUGAAGGAUGGAGACGUGUCUUUGAUUCUGAAGGAUGUGAACACUGCUGAUAGUGGAACAUACGUGUGCCGUGUUUUCACUGAAGAAACACGCUCAUGGAAGAACAGCAUCAUCUACCUGACUGUUGUUGAUCCAGGUCCAUCAGGAGGAUUUAUUGGACUGAUAGCUGUUGUUCUCAUUCUUCCUCUCGUCACCGUUGUUGGUUUUUUGAUCUACAGAAAACAUAAACUUUACCAAUAUUCAAACAAGGUUCCUACUGAGAAUAAUGAGGCUCCUCAAGCUGGGCUGAAAAUGACAGGCUCCUCAGUCUCCACAGCAGGACUGUGUCAGAGGACAGACAGAAGUGAACUAUCCUGA